ACACAUAAGGACUUGAGUUUGUGGUGAUAGUCUUACUAGCAUAUCUAGAUGGGUAAUUAGCUGCUCAUAUAACAUAAAGGAAGCAGGCGAACACAAUCUCGGUAUAAAAAUAAAGUUAUUACGCACUGCAACAUCGAAUUUAUGCAUUUUGUUCUUGUCCGCUGUUCUUUUUGACAUUUUUCCUGCGUUCAGACAAGAGAGGCAAUGGCAAUAAAACCUGAUGAACACGCUGGCAGUAUUCCGAGCACAACAGCCCUAUCAAUAGGCUAUUAUUGCAGAGAACCCUUGACCAGCUAUAGCGCGCGCGUACUUCUGCAGGCUAUCCGCCUCCGAGGAGAGUGCCAAGACCGAUCCCACUUAACAAAAUGCGAAUAUAGCCUAAUGGUUCCAUUGCAAACGGAAAAUAAGCUGUGGGAAAGCCGCUGUAUUGAGCGCUCCGGCGUAUUCUGGUCAAGUGCUGGAAGUUGCAUUGCAGGGGUGGGACUUCUUCUGCAGUCGGGAGGAGCGGCGCUCCAAGAGAGAUGCUCUCAGCAGCGGUCUCCACAGGACCUCGCAUCGGCAUCGCAUGCAGCGUGAAAGGAGGUGGUGGCUUCUGUGCGCAUCUGAAACGCCUUGCGCUGCACGAAACAACAACAAAUGGACUGAUCACGGCGAAGGCAUCCCCUAUUGAUUUUCGUCUCUGACAGAGAAAUUCACAGGACGGGUAGCCCCAUCGUUUCCCACGUACAGAGAAGUGCCCGUGCCGUUUCAUGGAUAGCGGCGAGUGAGCUGAAGAAGGGAGACAGGAGGAGUUUCCCCCUUCCUCACUGCACCAAAACAAAACUCCUUUUAGGCAGUGGCUGCAUCAUGUCCUCUGCCCAGGGUCGGGACAUAUCUGACUACCAUGUGAGCGUGGUGCGUAGCCCGCCUGGCUGGGAGGUGGGCAUCUAUAUCACUGGUUUCCUGGUGCUGCUGGCGGUGGUGGGGGUCAACCUGUGGAAGCUGUGGAAGACGGGGACGCUAUCUCCCCCCUCGCCAUACCCAAACUUCGACUACCGCUACCUGCAGGAGAAGUAUGGCACGUCCGUCUCUGAAGUGCGACAGAAGAGGGCAGCAGCCAACCACCGCCGGGCCUCAGCAUCGCUGUCCGUCAGCCGCAAGCCGAGCCUGCUGGGUGACACGCCAGACGGGCUCCUGCGGGACCUGGGCACCCUGGAGCUGAUGGGACGCGGCGUUGGCGGUGGUGUUGGUGAGCUGCUGGACCCCAACAACCCUCAGCUGGGCCGCUCACUCUCCACCGACUCCCUCUGCUCCAUCUCCUCCAUCGGCAACAACUUCGGCCACGAGUUCACCGUGGGCCAGUUGGAGGUCACGCUGGAGUUUGACGGCUACGCCGGCACGCUCAACAUCGCGCUGCACCAGGGCAAGGACCUGAUGGAGAAGGAGGAGGAGAACUUCCCCGGGUGCUUCAUCCGCAUCGUGCUGCUCCCCGACGAGAUCAACGUUGGAGUUAGCAAGGUCCAGACCAAUGCCUACACGGUGAUGUUUGACGACUUCUUCUCGGUGCCACUGGAGGUGGCGGCGCUGGACGAGUGCAGUCUGCGCUUCUCUGCGUUCGGCAUCGACGCAGACGAGAGGAACAUCGCGGCCGGGGUGGCGGAGCUGAAGCUGUCUGAUCUGGACCUCUCCAUACGGCCCUUCAACGCCUGGCUAUACCUGCAGGACAUGAACAAGGCAGUUGAUGCGGUGGGGGAAAUACUGCUGUCUCUCAGCUACCUGCCCACAGCCGAGCGGUUAACAGUCGUCGUGGCCAAGGCAAAGAAUCUCAUCUGGACAAACGGAAAGACCACAGCAGAUCCCUUCGUGAAGGUGUACCUUCUUCAAGAUGGCAGGAAGAUCAGCAAAAAGAAAACCUCAAUAAAGAGAGAUGACACAAAUCCCAUUUUCAACGAAGCCAUGAUAUUCUCUGUGCCUGCCAUCGUAUUACAGGAUCUCUCUCUGCGCAUCACCGUGGCUGAGAACACAGAUGACGGGCGUGGCGAGAACGUGGGUCACGUGAUCAUCGGACCCGAGGCCAGUGGCAUGGGCAUCACCCACUGGAACCAGAUGCUGGCCACGCUGAGGAAGCCCGUCUCCAUGUGGCACCCUAUCCGCAGGACCUAACCACACCACACCACACCACACCACACCACAACACCACAACACACCACACCACACCACACCACACCGCGUCAUGGUGUGCUACACGUUAACACCCACCACCAAUCUGCAUGUUGCCGGCUGAUACCAGCACACUAAAAUUAUAGUAUGACUUAAGGUAUUUUCACACCUAGUCCCCUUUAAGUGAAACAAACGGAGUCCUCUUUAAGUGAACCAAAACGUUUUAGGUUAUAUUGUGAGUGUAUUACAAAAAGAACCGGCUGCUUUUUCUGGUCCUGUUAGACUUUUAUUGUGUGCCACUCUUCUUUUUUAUCACACCCGGCCGGUCCUCUUUAGCUCUCCUUAAGUGAUUACAUCUAGUCACAAGUGUAACUUGUCAGGACUCAUAAGUGAACCACACUGACACCACGUCAAUAAAGGUCUCAGUACGGUUCACUUCCAAGGUGUCUGGGUACACUUUGGAGCAUUCACAUAUGCGCUGGAAAUGCUGAGUCAUAGGUCUGAGGUCAGUUAAACAGCUGAAAGGGACCAGGUGUGAAAACACCCUUUAAGAGUUUAGGAAUUGCACUCUGUCCGUGGGAGGUAACACACACACUACCACACUACCACACUAUCACACUACACAAUACCACUACACACACUACAGUACACCCACAACAAUAUGGUGUGUCACACCACGGCACACCACACCACACACACCACCAAUCUGCAUGGUGUCGCAGAUGCUUGAAGAAUGGUGCCAUUUGGGGAAACAUUACAUUUAGUGAUGGAAUAAAUAAAGAACACACACAACAACAACAACAACAACAACAACACAGUGUGGCACAUGUUAACAGCUACCACCAAUCUGCAUGGUGUCCGGUGAUCUCAGCAAAAGAAUGACUAAAAGAGUGAAGGAGUGAUUAAAGAAAACACUUUUUUGUCUGUUUUCAAGAGGUCCAAUUUGCCUUUUGGACCUGUCUUUAGGUUGAGGCUAUGUUUGGUGGUGUUAACGGCUGCAUUUCUGUGGAUGCACUCAAACAAACAAACAAAAAGAAAAUCAGAGAGACAGUUUAGGGGCCGUUGAUAGUCACGUGUUGUUUGCUCUUGAGAAGAAAAGAAAAACAAAGACAACAAUCCAAUCCAGGUUCUGUAAAUCCAGGUAAAACUCAUUUGUUAUUGUUGUGACAGGGUGGCCGAAUCCAACCAAACAGGUGUAGAAAUGCCAGUUGUGAAUGUUGCAGUGAAUUGUUUGUAUGUAGUAAAAUGUGAAACUAACUGCAGUAGCUGCUACAUUACAUCCCCACAAAUAUCUGUUAUUAUCUGGUAAAGUUUGACUGGCCAGUAAAAUGUUACGUAAUGUACUACUUUCUGUACUUAUAACAAUCUUCAUCAUAUUCUUCUUCUUGUAAUUAGCCAUUUCUUUUAUUAUUAUUUAUUUAUUUGUAUUUAUUGCUGCUCACCAAUUUUGAACAAGAAGAAACUCUAUGUGGAACUUUCAGUAUAUCUACAUGCAAUGCGUUUGGUUGUGUUUGUGUCAACAGUUGGAGUGGGCCGUGUGUGUCUCCUGUUAGACAGCCACAUGUAGCUAUGAGUUCAGACAGCUGUAGCACCUCAGAUCUGUAAUAAGCUGGCUAAACUAGAGGUGGAGGAUCAGGGUCUGGUGUGACCAUGAAGGCCAAUGUUUUGAAAAGAAAGCAAGAAAGAAAGAAAGAAAGAAAGAAAGGAGGAAAGAAAGAAAAAAAGUGUUACAGUGUCUGGUAUGACAAUGAGAAGGCCAAUGUUUUUAAAAGAAAGAAAUCCAAUGAAAGUCAGCUCAGCAAAUGACUAAUUAUCAGAAAGGCAAUGGCUUCUUGUAACUACUACUUGUAAUGAAAUCCACCUAAAACAGGAAUGGGAAAAUCAGGCCAUGAUGAGUCACUCGUAAUAUAUCUUUGAGGUUCAUGAACAGAUCACUACUUAGCCUAUUUGUAUGACCAAUGUUGUUUUUUCUAUACCUGUCAUUACACAGUAGUUAGGCAAUAAUAAAUUAUCUACACUACUGAAUGUUAACUAAUGUUUAGCUGUUGCGUAUAAUGGAUCCAAUCAGCCCUUAUUAACAAAAUGGCUGGCCUUAUAUUUCUGUAUUCCGUCAUGUGGAGUUUUAACUCAGAUAUAAGGUAGGCCUACAUUAUUACUAAUCCUUUCUGUUGUGAAACAACUCAUAUCUAAGCUAAACAUCAUCAAUUGAGGCUUUCAGGUCGGGGUGGGUGAGGGUGGGAGGGGAUGUAUCUUCUCUUGUAUGCUGCACUUACCAUAAUUGUUUUCACAAAGGCCAAUCAUUGAUAUACUAUAAUACAUGCAUUAUACAAAGUGUGCUUUGCUAAAUUUAUUCAUGUGCCAAAUUCAUUAUAAUUAUAGAGCAAUAUUUUCAUUUACAGUAUUCUCAUGUUUUGUGAGAUUGGUAUGAGAACAUUUUAAAACUGCAUGCCAGUGUUUACAUAAUGAAUGCCAUCCAGAAACAUAGUGUUGAAAUACUUGUUUAAAUAAA